UGUGUGCGCAUUUUCCCCCGUACGGACUACAAACCCAUUUGCGAUCCAAUGUUCCUUCACGAGCCAUGUCGGUCGUGUGUGCCUUAAAUCCCCCUCUCCAUUCCCAUAAUUGCUCAGAAAAGUUCGUUGCUCUACACAUUCAUUGCAAAAAAAUCUUGUUUAUUCAUGGAAAUUAGAAAAACAAGCAGAUUUUUGCAGAGACUUGGAAGCGCUGGAAGAAAAGUGCAGAGUAAGUCAGGGAGGGUUCCUUCAGAUGUGCCCAAGGGCCACCUGGCAGUUUACGUGGGCAUUGUGGAGCAGACUAAACGAUUUGUUAUCCCUGCUCAAAGUGUUAAUCAUCCUGUCUUCCGUGCAUUGCUGGACAAGGCUGAAGAGCAGUUUGGAUUCGAACAUCAAGGGCCUCUUCUUAUUCCCUGCGACCCACUUGUCUUUCACAAUGUUCUUUGCCUCCUCAGAAACAAUUCCAAGCCAGAGAUUGAACAGAUGAUCAUGGAAUUGCAGAAGUAGAAUAGAAUACAAGGAAAGGGAAUUCAGCCUGAAUUAAAUUAUGGAUUGAGAAAAUCUGAUAUAAGGAAUUCAAGUUCAGAGUUGGUUCGAAUAUAUUGUUUGUUACAACUAGUACAGCCUAUAAGUUGUACAUAGUAGAGAUUUUUAGAGAUUUGAAAAAGUGUUAGUUCGAGUGCAUUGUUUGUCACAGUUAGCAUAGCGCGCAAGUUGUACAUAGUAGAGAUUUUUAGAGAUUUGAA